UGCGAUUGUCAAUCCAUGUCGUGCACCUGUUGAAUCAGAGUCGGUGGACCUUUUUUCUUCUUUUCGUUAUUUUCGUUCUUCUCUGUAUUUUUAUCCCCCCCGCCUUUCUUUGAACUGUUUAUGGACUGCUGGCUUCGUCAUGUCUAGCGAAACGCCUACCGGCGCAACGGCAGACUGCCCCUCGGCGCCGUGGAGGGUAUGGUCGUCGACUACUAUGUUCGCGGUGGGCUCCCUGUGUCGCGGAUUUCUGUCAAGCCUGUGUAAUGUGGAGGUGAAUGGGAUGGAGCAGUUUUUGGAAUUGCUCGAUUCGCGGAGCGAUCCGUCGCAAAGAACGAAGGGUCUAAUUACAGUAUCAAAUCAUAUCAGCGUCAUGGAUGAUCCGUUAAUAUGGGGAGCUCUGCCUUUCAAGUAUCAUUUCGGCCUCGACUCUUGGAACAGACGCUGGUCAUUUGGUAGCCAUGAUAUUUGCUACCAGGGCAGACCGUUAUCAUUCUUCUUCGCCAUGGGGCAGGUUCUGCCUACGCACCGACUUGCGCAUUCGCUCCACGGCGGCCUUGCACAGCCGGCGAUGACGCAGGCCAUCCGAUUACUCUCCAAGGGACCCUUCUCGCCCGAGCCUCAUCUUGCAGUGCCCGAACGCCAGCGCUGGAGUUCCCAUAAUGUCUGUGUCGAUCCGUUCUCUGAUCUUCCCACUGCAUAUACAACAAAUGGCGAGGACUCGCACCUCGCGCCGUCCGCCUACGCCUGCAACUCCUACUCGUGGGUUCAUAUCUUCCCCGAAGGCAUGAUUCACCAAUCGCCGCAGAAAAUCAUGCGAUACUUCAAAUGGGGCGUUGCGCGGCUCAUCCUGGAAUCGACCGAGUGCCCGGACGUUGUUCCAAUGUGGGUGGAGGGUUUCGACCAGGUCAUGAACGAAGAGCGCACCUUUCCGCGGUUCCUUCCCCGGCCGUUCAAAAGCGUUAGCAUUACCUUUGGAAAGAAGAUCGACGCAGAGGCAGUCUUCGGGGAUAUGAGAAGGCGAUGGCAGGAAAUCAAGAAGAAGGCAGAGAAGGUGGCGCCGGAUACCAAGGAUCUAGCGGUGGGAGUCUUGAACGACGAGUUACUCUACAAUAAAGAAGCGGUGGAGCUGCGGAAAGAGGUCACCAACAAGGUCAGAGACCUAGUAUUGGAGACCCGACGAUCCCGCGGUCACUCCGAUGAAGAUCCAAAACAUGGAUUCGCCGAAACGUGGGCGCGCGAAGGACCUGACCGUGAAGGCAGGAAGAAAGAUGGGUCGAUUGUAAGGGAGAUAUGAGCCGGAGUUCUCGCCGCAGCCUGUAUGUAUUCAAUAUGCGCCAAAUGUACAUAGAUAGAUAGAAUCGCAAUAUUCAGCUUGUGGCAUCCUCGUAUUUCAAUAUUAUUUCA